AAUGAAACAGAGAUUGGGCUAGGGUUGACUGGAUUUGGAGUAUUUUUCUCAUUCUUGGGAAUCAUUUUCUUCUUUGAUAAGGGAUUAAUUAUCCUCUUCUUCUCAGGGGUGGCCUUAACCAUUGAUCUUAAAUCAUCCAUGCAGUUUUUCACGAAACAUACUAACUAUAAGGGAACUAUGUCAUUUGGUGUAGGCUUUUUCCUGGUUGUUAUUGGGUGGCCUAUAUUGGGUAUGAUUCUUGAGGCAUAUGGAUUUAUUAUACUCUUCAGUGGGUUCUGGCCAACGUUGGCAGUUUUCCUACAGAAGAUACCUAUUCUUGGGUGGUUACUUCAACACUCGUUUCUCAGAUCGAUCUAUUUGUGA